UCAGAAUGGCUACUAGCAGCAGGCUUAAGAACCUUGCAAUUCUGCUUCUGCUUAGCAUUAGUGUUUGCCUUUCUUUUGCGAGGUCUUUGAUGGAUAUUGGGGGGUCAAAAUCGACUCUUAGUUACUCCCCACCACCAGACAAUACUAGGCUAGAGGUAGGGCAUGGUUCAGGCAACAGAAGUCGCCACAAUAGUGGCAUCGGUGUUGGCGGUGGAGGAUUUGAUGGAGGCGAUGGCAGCAGCGGAGUGGUUGGUGGAGGGGAUGGCAACGGUGGAAUUCCAGGGGACAACAGCGAUGGUAAAGAUAAUGGUGGAGAAGUCAAUGACAACAAACCCAUUGGUCGCGGUGCUCAACCUUGGGGCGGUGAUCAACCCAUCGGAAGCGGCGAUGACGACGGUAAUGGUAAUGAUAAUGGUGAAGGAUACGGUGAUCCACCCAUCGGGGGCGGCGAUGACGACGGCAAUGGUAAUGAUAAUGAUGGAGAAGGAGACGGUGAUCCACCCAUCGGGGGCGGCAAUGACGAUGGCAAUGGUAAUAAUGAUGGUGGAGAAGGAACUGGUGAUGAACCAAUCGGGGGCGGCGACGGUGGUGGCGACGAAGGUAAUGGCGGUGGCGAUGAUGGCGGCGAUGGUGGCGGAGGGGAUGGCCGCCGUUAAAGAGUGUCCAAAAGCAGGAGGUGGCUGCAGCCAUUAUCUCGGUGGUCGUGGUGACCGAGUCAACAGUUGAGGUUUGUGAAAGUGGCCUAAGUCCUGCUUUUGUUCUACUUAACAUUAUAGCUAUGGUUACUGAAGAAUAAGACCCGUUGAUGGUCAUUAUCGUAUCCCGGGUUUUCCAGUUAGAUUAAAAAGUUUGUAAUAAUGUGAAAUUAUAAUAUGGGUUGUAAUAGAAAUUAUAGCUAUGCUGGGUAUUAUCAUGCAAUGGAGAACGAUGUCACUUUUAUAUGAGAUAAUAUU